AAGAUUUAGUUUUUUUCCCACCCACUCCAUCUUAUAGAUUAACCCUAUCCCACCACUAAACAUUAAAUAUUCCAUUUAACCCCAACGUCAGUCCUACUUUACUGGUCAUCUACUUAUGCUAUCAUGAAUUUCUUGGCCAUUAUAAAACAUAACCACCCACCCUCUAGCAAUUAACAUUCCACCAAAUGUCUCUGAACCUGCAAAGCAAAUGUGGGAAAACGAUUUCUAGGAAUCUGGAGAAAAGAUUCACUGAUAUAAAUUGGGUUUUUGUUUCGAAAGUGUCUGUGGAAUGAACUCUGUAUAAGAUGGGGUUUUUGGGAUGAGAAUUAAGAGAUCUAUAGAGAAAGAUUGUAAUGAGUACUGAUGUUGUGGGUGCUGCAACACAGAUUAUUGUAAUGGCAAUUGUCAUAUCUUUGAUAUUGUUAUUUCUGGGAAUUGGGGUUUUGGUCAUAAUUCAUGUUUGUAUUGUUGGGAGAGCCUUUAGAGGAGGGUUUGGGAACGGUAGGAUGGUUGAGAGGGGGAAUCCUAGAAGCACAAGCAUGUCCCUUGAUGACCUAGACAAGCUUCCUUGCUUUCAUUUCCAAGCCAAAGAGAAGGGCAGUAGUAGCCCUGUGGAUUGUGCUGUUUGCUUGGAUAACUUCAAGAUGGGAGAUAAGUGCAGAUUGCUACCCUUAUGCAACCACAGCUUCCAUGCCCAAUGUGUGGAUUCAUGGCUUCUCAAAACACCCAUAUGCCCAAUUUGCAGAACAAGCGCUGAUUUUAGGAAGGGGUCCCUAGUUUCAGGGGAAGAAAGUAGCCAUUUCAGUGACACUGGAAAUGAAUUGAGAGAGAGCCAAACAACAGAAAGAAGCUAUAUGGGUGAUGCUGGGAUUGAUUCAAGAGACAACCCAGGAGCUGUAUCUGGAAUUCAAUUGAGUUCCAAUCACUCACCCAAUAAUCCUGCAGCAGAACUAGCUGCAUGAGAUUGCUUAAGCCCUACUUAAUUCUCAAGUUUGUAUAUAUGAUUCAUAUGAUUUUUCUUACAUACAAUAGAGGUUAUCCCAUCCUUCUGCUUAUUUGGUAGAUUUGCCUGUUUGGUCUUUUCUCCA